UUUUUAACUCUUUGUGCUCUCGCGCGUGUUGGAAUGGUGGCUGGCCUCGGGAGGAUGCGCUGAACACUGACAUCAUCUCUUCAACUUUCACUAUCUCUCUCUCUCGUUUAAUGGAGUCGACUCUUAGGGAGUUAGAUGGUCUACUAACGAGGCACUUUUCUCCACACUGCACGAAUGAAGAAAGACUGGAAAUCAAUAAAAUCCUUGAUGUCUUUAGCUGUCAGGAAGAUGUCUGGAGAUAUUGCGUAUUCUUUCUACAAAACUCUAGCAAUGACUACGUACUGAUGUAUGCACUACAUGUCAUAGAGAAUUUCAUCACUCAUAGGUGGGACGUGUUAGACUCUUCAUGCAAGUUAGAGCUUCGCCAGUUCCUGACCCAGUUUUUAAUAAGAACUUCGUCGUCAGGAGGGGGAGGAGUCUCAUCCUUCAUACGUAAUAAACUGAUACAUGUGAUAGUAUUGAUUGGUCGUAAAGAUUGGCCUCACAAUUAUCCCGACUUCCUUGAUCAUGCAAUACAAUUUACUAAACAAGAAGGCACACUCCUUAUUGGUUUACUCUUCCUCACUACAAUAUCACAAGAACUAGCCACUCCCAAGUCCUCUCUCCUUCUCUCCUCGCGUCGAGAUGAGCUCCUCUCUCUAAUGUCUCAGCACGCUCCACUACUGCUACACACACUCGUUGAUAUAUUAAAUUCUGCUCUUGAACCUCAUCCACAGAAUCUUUCUGUAGUAGGUGGUGGCUCACUGCAACUUCCAGUGGAGGUCUGUGAGCAAGCGUUCCGUUGCCUAGGGCACAUGUUCACAUGGGUUCCUCUUUCUUCUCUCAUCACUCCGGCCAUUAUUGAAGUCAUUUUCCAGUAUGCUUAUCUUGGCUGUCAUAGUGACCCAGAGCAAGACGACUGUGGUAGUGUUCUUGGUUCUUUAGCAAUGGACUGUGUAAAUGAGCUGCUCAUCAAGAACUGUGUCCCGAGGGAUUUUGAGUCUUUCCUUAUGAAGUUCUUUGAUCAGUCUUUUUCUCUAUUACACAGACUCACUAGUGAGGAGGGAGGAAAGAAAAAAGACUUCUCAAGGCUUGACGACAGGUACAUAUCAAAAUGUGGUGAUUUAUUUUACUGGUUUGUGUCCUCUCAUCUCAAGAGAGUCGAGUUCAAUCCAAACUUCCCUGUCCUUGAGUUCCUCUCUUUGUUUCACACUUACACCUUCAAGCAGCCAGAGAUUGACUCCUUCUGUGUCUGCCUGGACACCUGGGGCACCUUCCUUGAUCACCUGAUACUCAUGGCUGAAGAUAAUGGGGCAGACAUUGCGACACACACUUCAAAACAUUAUGAGAGAUACAAGAGUGUGUUGCUAUCGAUGGCUGACAGUGUCUUGAAGAAGAUCCAGUUGCAUCACAACAUGGACGAGUUGCAAGAAAUUGACGACGAUACAAUAAAUGACGAUGAAACAGAGUGGCAGAGCUUCUUACGAAAGUCCCUGGAAUUUGUCGGUAAAGUUGCUCAACUUUUUCCAAUGGAGACAUUCGAGAUGAUAGUUCCUCUACUGGAUCAGUAUUCACAGGUGUAUCUGAGUCUCUCGCAACUUAUUGUUGAAGGACCUAGAAAAGAGCAUGUUUUGGCGGUAUCAGAAGGUGUCCAGUUAGGUUCUUUACAUGCGACACUAAAGGACCUCACUUCAGUACUGCAGGCUCUAGGAAGGAUUGCCGAGCAUUUCUCUUGUGACCGAUUCAAUGAGAGGCUACCAAAAGCCCAACAGAUUGUUAAUCAGUUUAUACUUAUAGCUCAGUUUAGUUCAGAGCAUCUUCUUUUUAACCUCGAGUCUCCUGCUCCUCUUAUUCUCGAACACGACUUCAUCGAACUACAUGCUCAGUCCUUGGGUACCCUUCAAGCCUACCAGCACUGGCUAUCCAAGUAUUAUUUAGCUUCUCUUAGAGGAGAGCAGAGACAAGAUGUCUUCCAGUACAUACUAUCAGCCUGCAUCAGUAUCAUAGUCAGCGUCAUAUCCCACGAGAUACCAGAGAAGAUAACAAUGGCCGCCUGUAGACUCCUCAUGUCUCUCUCGUUCACCAUUAGACCUCAUUUCCUGUCUCAGCUGCCUCAGCUACAGGAGCUAAUGGUGUGCUUGUCUGUCGGAAGGUUUCAGCGAUUACCUUUCAAAGUUAAUGUUAUGCUACACGAGGCACUGGUUGGUAUGUUAAUACUGCCUUGGCCUAAUGUCAGCGAUGGAGAACAAAAUUGGGACGCUAGAUAUCAAGAAUUGUGUAAGAUUAUAACUGGACUGACUCUCAACUUUAAUAGAUACAUCAGCUCACCUGGUUUUAGACAGGAUCAAUCACUUAUUCAAGAAGCUAAGCAUGAGAUCAAACAGACACUGUCCCUACUUCAGGAGGUCAUUGUGUCUGUUAGUUACGAGAGGAAGAGAUCAAAGGAUAUUCUGUACAAGAGCAUUGAAUCUUUAAUGGAGAACAUCAUCAGCUUAUUUGAUGUGUACAUCAAUGAAUCAGAUAUUCUUGAAGUGUUGAUGAAUUUCUUUUAUACAUUAUUUCACGGUCUCUUGUCACAAGUUGGUCCUUCACUUACUGAAAGAGUCACUCAAACUUUCAUGUCAUUACUCACCAAGCAGCAUCUGGAGCAGUCGCUAUUACAAGAGAACAGCAUUGGGAAUAAAGUUGUAGAAAAGUUUUUAAACGUGUUGAGAUUAUUGGUACAGAAUUAUUCCAUCAGUGAGAAAGCUUUUCUUCCGAAUAUUAUUAAUUUUGCAUUGAAACAAGUUUAUCCAAUCGUUGUUAAUAGAGAGUUACCUGAAGUCAAAUAUUCACUAUACGAGCUUUUAUACCAACUUUUACUUAAUAACUGGAGAUAUUUCUUUCCUUCUGUUACCAAGAAAACAGUGUCGGGGGAAUUUGUCCAACACGAAGAUGAUUUUAUGGCAAUAAUGGAGUCAUUUGCUCACUCAUUCCUUCAGUCUGAUAUUAAUAUAUUCAGGCAUAAUCUCGACUCGCUGAGGAGUUUGAAUAAGUCUCAUAAACUCUACUCCAAACAUUGUUUUAUUUCCAAGAUGCGUGAGCCACUUCUUCAUCUCUUCCUACAAGUCCUCACUCAGCAGUCACACGACCUCCUCCAAGAGGAACUGGUUCAUUGUGUGUAUGGCAUAGCAGAGGAGAACUUUAUAUACUUCCAUAUGGACUUCCUCUCUAAGUUUCUUGGCAAUAUAGACGGUCUUCAACAAGAACAGCAGUUGAGAUUAGUAGAGGGAUAUAACGUAGUACAGGAUCAGCCUUCGUUCUCUCGUAGUUUGCUUCAGUUUACAAAUGAUCUUCGCUAUUAUUUAUCAAUUAAUAAUUCAAAUCAAUCGAUCCAUCAAUCAUCACUUAAAUGAAAGAAAUGAACCUUCUCUCUCUCUCUUUCUCUCUCUCUCUCUCUUUCUCUCUCUCUCUCUUCUCUCUCCUUUCUCUCUUUCUCUCUCUCUCCCUCUAAUCAUUACUGGGUUUCUAUGAUAGAUUUAUGUGUAUUUAUAUUAUUAUUAAUUAUUAUUAUAACAAUUGUUGUAUAUAUCAUAUCAGUUUA